AUCCUUUAGGCACUAAAGUGCUUGAAGUUGUCCAUAUCAGCAUUUCGGCUCACACUUGUGACCAGUCUCUACACAAUAAGUUUGCUAGAGAAUGGAUUCCUACACAGCAGUCAUCUUGUUUAUUAUUUUAAUCUCCUUUCAUGUGGGACAGACACUACGCUGUGCAUACAAAGAAGAUGUAAGAACUUGCACAUGCGUUCAUGAAAUGCAAGCCAACUUCAGAGCAGCCCAAAAGAUCUGCAUGGAAAAUGGAGGUAAAUUACUAACCCCAUCGAGUAAAAGUAUCAACAGCUUGCUUUUCAACAAAGAUGGGCAUUUCUGGAUUGGAACAGAAGGUAAUUGUUUAAGCAGAAACAGGAAUUCUCGAGGUGAUUCUGUGACUCUAAACAGAGGAAGCGAAGAUGCGACGUGUUCCUCAAGGUGCAUGCUGGUUUCUAGUAACAGGAAUUUAACUGAGCGCUCAUGUGAGGAACAAGCUGACGGAUUUAUGUGUGACGGUGUUCAGUGGGAAAACUGCUGGGAGAAUACACCAUCCGAAGUGCAAAUUCUGAAUAACAAAGACUGUCUACUCGGUCCCUGUGAACACUAUUGUAAAAAGGUUCCCGGAGGCCACAUGUGUUCCUGUAAUCCAAAUUUCAGGCCAAAGAGGAAAUAUCCUGAACGUUGUGAGUACUACUGCAACUCUGACACCUGCCCAAUGCUAAGCGAUAUGUAUGAUUGCCCUGAAGGCUUCAUCAAAGAUGAGACAAAUUGCACAGAUUUAGACGAGUGCAGGUCUAAUCACCACAACUGUGAACAACAAUGCAUUAACACAUUCGGAAGUUACAAGUGUUCUUGUUCUGAAGGGUCCAAGCUGGUAAACAAAUCAAAAUGUGUUCGUCUUAUGAGUAAUACUCCAAUAACUGGCACGCUUGUUACACCUUCUGUAAAUUACACAAGAAAUCAUGCAGCUUUUGCGACUCCAGUGGAGUAUAUAGGUCUUAUCUAUAUAGGUCUUAUAUAUAUUGUCACCUUUAUGCACAAAAAAGUCCCAGCCUGAUUUUCUUUAACUGGUAAAGAAAUUCAAAAAAGUUUAUACAUAAAUUCCAGAUAUUAUUAGUCUGAAUGAUUCUGAAGUAAUAACAAAAAUGUGUGUUUAUAUUGCAUUUAUAAUGAAAGAACCUAUGAUGGGCAUUGUACCCAGAUAUCAUAUUUUAGGAUGAGUAAAAGAUACUUUAUUGAGAAACAUAUAAACCUAAUAGUUAUUAUAUUUUUUGUGUACUUACCUAUCAAAAAUAAUUUGACCUGACUGUGUAAGAGUUCAGGAGAGAGGUGGCAAUGCAACAUCCUCCUAUACUCUCAGCACCAAUGGAGGGGCACAUGAAUGCCUCAGCCCAUCCGGAUAUCACUGCCAACCACAUUUAUCACCCCCUAAAGAAUUUCCACCUUGAUAGUGCCCCAUGUUGCACAGAACAAAAAACUAGUUCCACAGACAUUUAAAUUCAAACUACUUCAAUGGCGACAAAGUGUUAUAGUUGUUCAUACAGCAAAGAGUACUUCUAACCCAGAUCAAGGAAAAAGCAGAAACGAGAACGUGUGUGUGAGAUUGUGUGUGUGAGAUUGUGUGUGUGUGUGUGUGUGUGUGUGUGUGUGUGUGUGUGUGUGUGUGUGUGUGUGUGUGUGUGUGUGUGUAUAAAAUCAGAAUUUAAUUUAAAAUCUGAAAUACUAUAUAUCUAUAUCUGUCCACUAACACAACUCAUUUUGACUCAAAUUUGUCACAAGAAAGGUGUUUGUGUUUUAAUGCCUUUAUAUUUACUCUCUUAAGGUGAAAGCCAGCGACAUUUAAUCUCUAUUUAAAUGACCUGAGAUAUCUGACUUACUGACAUGUUAAUCUGGACUCCAGCAUUAAUAUACAUAAAGUUUUUUCCAUCAAUGUUUUAUUUAAGUCUAUAUUCACACAUACAAUAUAUGUUAUAUAUGUGCUUAAGCAUGCUGUGGGUCUGUUAAUAGUUAAUAGCUUUGUUAGGACUUUACUUGUCUUCAAACACAAUCCUUUCAGUUUCACCAGAUCGCACAAGCCUCAUAUUAGAUUAAACACAAGUAAUCAGUUUUGCAUGUGACUUUAUGCAUACUGCAAAUAUUUAAGUGAAUUCAAGUGUUUUUUUGUUUUGUUUUGUUUUUUGUCUGAGCUUUGUUUCCAGUAAUAAAACACCACCUCACAUAACACCGCUGAAUAACAAUACUGAAAACUUCAGGGUUUCAAAUCUGAAGGGAAAAAUGUGUGGGUUUCUCUUUUGUCAUAUUUUAUUCAAUUAUUCAGGUAUUGGUUUAAGUCAUUUUUACUCUAGAACAAAACACAUUGUAAAAUUUGUGAAAUAUUAAUUGACAGUAUUGGAUUUUAACAGAAAUAAAACUAAAAAAAUAGCUACA